AUGAGUUCGUACGUAGCAAACAACAAUUUUAAGCAGCAAACGCACGAGGCAUCCUCCUAUAACACCAUGAAUAGUUUAGGCAGUUAUCGCUCUCUCUCUGCCCUCCAUCAAGGCAAUUAUGCAUAUAACGGAGGUCUUAAUCAUUUCAACGGAACAUUCACCUCUGAUGCCACUGUGAACUCUCUGAAACGAGAAGAGAUGGAAACUAGCCUGCGAGGCAAUACGGACACUCAACCUCCACCACGACCACAGUCAUGUUCAGCUGCGAGCUCCCGGAACUCCGUGCAAAACUGCCUCGGUGAUGGGAUACAGGGCAAAGGGACUGGAAGGCCAAUGGAAGUGGUCGAAAACCCUAUAACUAUGACUGAAGAAAGCGCCAUCAAAGUCGAAACUAUGCAACCUGUGAAACGUCAAAACCAUUCGAAGAAGCACCAAGACAGUCAACAGCAACCGCAGAUUUUUCCCUGGAUGACAAAACUACACAUGAGCCACGGUAAAAUUAAAAAAUAUAUGUCUAAAGCCAACUUAAAGCCUACUACUUCCCUCCCUCACUCACUCACUCACUCUCUCGCCUGCUAUCCUGCUUUUGUCCAUUCACAGUUUUUCCUCUUGAGUUUUAUAGGCCAAACGCAGGAAAUAAUAAAACUGGCGGUGAUAAAUUUUAUGACAAAGGCGUCUAUUGCUCAUAAACCUGUUCUGUUACUGUGAAGAGGUGAUCUGCCGCGGUUAGAUUUAUGGCUACAUAAUUGGAUAAGAGAAACAAAAAUAGAAGAGAACAACGAACGAGUUGGCUAUUUUACAUUCAUGUAUUAGUGCUUUUCAGCUGCUAACAGGUUAUUAUAGUCUAAGAUGAGUAUAGGCUAUACGCUAUAGCCUAGUUGAACUCGGAGGAAAACUAUGUGCCCUGACCUCCGUGUGAACUUUUCACCUUGGAAAGCUCCAGAUAUAAUUCCAAGAUGGCAUUCAUGUCCAAAAUCCACUAUUGUCCAUUAGGCUAUAUCCUACUGCUGGAGUAACCACUAAAUAUUACCACUGCAUUUGGUGCUUUAUUAAAGACUUAGCCAAAAUUAUAGUUCUGCGAGUGUUCUUCCUUAUAAUAUUGACCUGGAUUUCCCAGUGCAGCCAGUGAUGUUUUUUUUGUUUGCCAAGAGGUAUUUGAAAUAAGCAAGCGCCAGAAUAAACCGUUUUUAUCCCUUAAUUUCAAUUUCAUUUUUUCGUUCAAGCAGUUAAUUUGAAUUUAAAUAGUUUCACUUCUUUGGGGCUUUAGUCACUUGAACAUUUCAUCAUUUGUAAACAAUUUUAAUCAUUUUAGAUGCUGCAACUCAAAAGAGAGAGGCAGUAUCUUCAUCUCACGUCAUUCGACAUUAACCUUGACCUCAGGUUAUUUUUAUAUGAAUUAAGAUUUUAUAAUAUUCGAUAACUCUUGGAUUUUCUUCAAAUGUAGGCUAACGCAUAUUUUUUCUAAUACCACUUCAGAAUCAUCUGACGGUAAACGCUCUCGAACCAGUUACACCCGCUACCAGACUCUGGAGUUGGAGAAAGAGUUCCAUUUCAACCACUACCUCGCCCGUCGUAGGCGCAUUGAGAUCGCCAAUACCCUAUGUCUGAACGAGAGGCAAAUAAAAAUUUGGUUCCAGAAUCGACGUAUGAAGUGGAAGAAGGAUUCGAAACUGAAAUCAAAGGAUUCGAUAUAAACAUGGGGUUGAUGACUGAUCUGGAGACGAACUGCUAAAAGAAGUACCCAGAGAGAGACCGUUUUCAUAAUCCGCAUUUAUUGUGCUAUGGACUAUUACAUUAUUUGCAUAUUCCGCGUUUGGAACUUUACAUGUGGACUUUUAUUAUUUAUUUAAUGGUUGUAAAAAUGGAAGGAAAAUAUUGAACAAAAAUAUAGUAAUGUGUUGUCUAAAUGUAAAGAUUGUGUAAAGACCUUUGGAAGUCUUAGGGAGGAGCUGUGGAGUAUAAGGCCACUCCCUCUUUCAUGUUUCAAUGCAUGAGUGGGAAAUACAUGAACAUUCUACCUAUUCUCUUAUUAUUGAGAUAAUGAUCAUGUCAGUGAGUGAUACUCAGUGGUAAUACAAUGAUAAGGAGGAGACCUAACUGUUCAUGACUCUUAUAAUGACGAAUAUAUUUUAUUUUAUUAAAUGUCUUAAAAUUCAUAUUUGGGCGGAGUGACUUUGUUGUAUUCGGGCUUACAGCAAACAGACAGUUGACUUUUUGAACUAUGGAUUAUGUCCCAAAAAAGAUGUAAGAGUUUCGUGAUGGUAUCUGAGGACAGCACACAUACCUAUAGGCCUACCAUUCCAUGCCAUAUAUAUAUGUUCGCAGUUGUCUGAUCAAAUCGAAACAUAUUGUGUACAUAUUGGAUAAUCUGCCACCCCCUUAGGUGCACAAUACCUGCAUAUGUACAGAAGGCCUAUUAUAACAUUGUCUGAAUAAGCUUGUGAUUUAAUCAAAACGCUUACAGGUGUUGAGAAAACUUUUGAAUAAACCUCCCAUACCGUAUUACCAGCACAUUCGUGUCGCUCUUAUAUAUCAUUAGACAUGUACAGGCACUUAGUAUUAAAAAAUAAAUUCGAGGUCCCACACGUCUAUUUAAAUAAUUUACAGUAGGCCUAUCCCUGACAGACAAACGCAUGCACAUAAAAGUUUAAGGCCCCGACAAAACUGUAUUACCCUGUUUCCACCUCUCCACCACAGAUAGAAAAAUGGUUCCUGUUUUAACAGGAUAGAGCCAGAGAGCAUAGCUAGCUGCUUCUAAAUUCAUAUGGGUUGAGAUGUAGAGGCUAACUUUCUCCAUAGGCCUAGCCACUCACAGACUUUGAUGUUUCUGUGGCCUUACUCACGGACCAAAUGUAAAGCUAUGGUUAUGAAAUAUGUUAGAGUAUGCUAUAUGCUUAUAUUCAGUCUAUACCAAAAGGUUUGAAAAAAAAUAACUAACAAAAAACGGUUGACUAAUAUAGCUUUAAGUAAAUAUUUGAUCAUGUGAGUCAAUAUUGUAAGCUAGUGUAGUAUUUAGACAAAACCAUAAGUUGAAACACAGCUAUGCAUUGACCUGUAUUUGGCCCACUGCUGGCCUAGCUAUUGACACCUAUUGUAACAAUAAGUCUUAACAAAACACAAAUCUAGUUUCAGGGAAAACGAUUAAUCAGAUGCCAUUUCCUGUAGGAAAUGUCGCCCCAUAUGAAACAAAUAUAUAUUUUCACUCACCUCGCAGACUUGUAGCCUAGUUUCAUUGCUAUAUAAAUACAACAGAGCAUGGUCUGCUUUCUCAAUGGCACUGUCGGGCCUAACCGUGCUACGUUGGCAUAUAGGGCUAUCACAUCCCCUUUUAGUGUCUCUUUCUUUUAGUAUUUUAAAGUUUGGAAGGUUAUUUAUGCCAAUUGCCUCGAGCGGGGCCUGUGAAUGGUGCACAGGGAGCACGUGGUGCCAUUAAAGUGGGGUUUAUGGCCUGGAAAAGCUGACAAACCUUCGAUAUAUACACAUCAUAUAUAAUCUUAACUGUCCGGAAUCGCAGCUGCUGGCUUCUAUUAGCUGAGGAAGAAAGGGCUGUGUCUCAGUGUGGAUUACCUUGGCCCGGACUAGUCUGUCUGGUGGUGCUGGGCUCUCGGUCACAAAUGGAUCCUUAAAUGCUCCAGUAAGUUUAUAAUAUUUUUACUAACAUGCAUGUUGCGUCAACCUAUAGCGUUUCUUUUGUAUUUGAUGUUGUGGUUGGGUUGGGUUGAUGUUUUCGAUACAACGGGAUUUGUUGAAUUGGUUUUGUGUUACUCAUUCCUUACAAUUACUAUAACCAAUCGUUAUGUUAUAUCUGACUCUGCUUGCUGUUUGUUGGUCCUUAUAGGAGAAAUGUCUUCCAAUAGAUUACAAACGUGUUUGAUUACAAACGUGUUUAUGUAUGAUCAUGCAUGCAUGGUCCCUAACCCCCUAGUAAAAUAGUGUUCCUUCUGAAAGAGAGUUCUGUUCUAGCUUUACUGAGUGGGUUCUAUUUACUCUCCUGUCAUUCAUUAGGCAUAGGAUACAUCUUUAUACACAACAUCAUUUAUUUAUUUAGAUAAUGGUCUGCACAUUGUCAAAUGCUUUAUGUUACUGUUACACAGUUGUCAGAGACCCAAAAUAAGAGUGUGUGUGUCAGUGUGUGUGUGUGUGUUGAUGUCCUAUCAUACAGUACUAACAGUAGCUACUAUGUACAGCUAUAAUCCCACAAAAAUGCAGUCAGGUUUCAGAGAUGGGUUGUGUGUAUAAAUUGCAAGUUCAUACUUGUGCUUGAAUAAACAUAGCAACCCACUUUUCAGGAUUGUCUUGGUAAGAUAUUGCUAAAUCAGACUGUUGACACAGAGACUGAUGAGUGUGCCAUGUUCACUGCGCAAUGCUUCGACUAUCUUUUACUGUGUAGGCCAGUCCAAUUGAUACCUGUCAAGGUAUAGCAGUCCAUUGGAUAAAUGUCAUCCAUCCCCUGCCCUCCCAUAAUCAACACACAGACGUGAUACUGUUUAUUUUUGUAGUUGAGGAAUGGAAUGUUUACAUGGAAAAUGUUCUGGAAGGUUCUGGAAGCAAAUAUUUGUUUAAGAGCAGUGUGACAAGUUAAAUCCCAAUUGUUACAUUGUAUCUGCCUCUAUUUACUUGGGAAAGUUGUGUGGUUGAUAUUGGUAAGAUCCUUUGUCAGUAAGAUCCUCUACUCCUCUGUUAUGUUCGUGUGACCUGCCCAUGAACUCUGGUCCCCACAUUAUAUUAUGAAAAAAAAAAUUAUGCACUAACUGUAAAGUCGCUCUGGAUAAGAGCGUCUGCUAAAUGACUAAAAACGUAAUAUUGUAGCUUGUAAUUAUGGCCCAGAGGUUUUCCUUGUCAGUUCACAUAAGGGCCAGGGAGGAACUCGGGGCCCUGAUGAUGUAGUGAGUUGAUGGGUUCAUGUUGAGUAUAAACCCCUUACUUCCUGUUAGAUGAGGAGAGUGGAAACCAAUAAUACACAGCCAAUAGGGGGUGCUAUUAAACAUGCUCCCCCUCCAUAUAGAGAUGAAUGAUGCUAUAGAAGAGGGUUUCCCAAACUCGGUCCUGGGGCCCCUGCUGGGUGCACGUUUUGGUGUUUGCCCUAGCACUACACAGCUGAUUCAAAUAAUCAAAGCUUGAUGAUGAGUUGCUUAGCCCUCUGUAGCUCAGUUGGUAGAGCAUGGUGUUUGCAAUGCCAGGGUUGUGGGUUCGAUUCCCAUGGGGGGCCAGUAUGAAAAUGUAUGCACUUACUAACUGUAAGUUGCUCUGGAUAAGAGCGUCUGCUAAAUGACUUAAAUGUUAUUUGAAUGAGCUGUGUAGUGCUAGGGCAAAAACCAAAACGUGUACCCAGGGGGGGCCCCAGGACCAAGUUUUGGAUGGGAUUCACCUGGAUUAUAGUGCAUUGGGGUGUAGCUAAGUUCUCCACUGUUCUUAAGCUCAGUAUGUCUUACUCUUUGCCUUUUCUAUUCUUGUUGACUGUAAUCGAUCUAUGGUACUGCCAUGAUUGGCAAAUAAUCAUCCAAUAAGAAAACCACUGUCUAGUCUAGAAUAGAUCAUGUGAGCGAGUUACCUGGCAAAUAGAACAUUGCCUAAUUGUUGGUAGAGGGACCCACCUCCAGAAGCAAAACAUAUUUUUAGAUGAACAGAAAACUCUACUGUGCUUUUUAUGCUUAUGCAUUUGUUUGUAGACUGAAUGGUUUAUUAUAUUGUAAUAUAUUCAGAUGAUAUUCAUUUCCCUUUAUGAAAUUCAUUUAUUUCAUUAUGAGAUUGCAUAAAACACAAUAGGAAAGGGAUACCUAGUCAGUUGCACAACUGAAUGCAUUCAACUGAAAUGUGUCUUCCGCAUUUAACCCAACCCCUCUGAAUCAGAGAGGUGCGGUGGGCUGACUUAAUCGACGUCUAAGACAUCCGCGCCCGGGGAGCAGUUGUUGCUGGGGGUUAAUUGCCUUGCUCAAGGGUAGAACGGCUGAUUUUUCCAUCUUGCCGGCUCGGGGAUUCGAACCAGCGACCUUUCGGUUACUGGCCCAACGCUUUUAACCACUGGUCCAUAAUGAAUAUGUAUGCCAUUGAAUGGAUUUUUUGUGUCUUCAUUUCAGUGCCAAUGGAAGACAGACGCAUGAAAGACAGCCUGUUCUUUUUCAGUUAAGUGUGCGAGUUCCAGUUGUAGAUAUUGCACGUUUUAUGAUGUAAAAUCAUAUUCGUUUAUGCUUCAGGCUUGAAUAUACCCAAUACUGUGAAAUCUGGGGAUUUCUACAGAUAGAACUUCCGCCCAUGGUAAUGCCACAUUUCUAAAUCCAGUCGAACGUCCCCAAACCGACCUGUCCUUAAUACCUCUCCUCAGACCCAAUUCUAGAAGAUCGCACACUUGUUAUAGAUUUUUCUGUGUCUCCUCACCUCAAUUUGAAAUGAACAGGGAGGAGGGGGAUGAGAGAAAAGGGGUUGGAUGGAUAGAGUGGAAAUGAAAGUAAGACAUUAUACAAAAAAUAAUACAUAUUCAAGGACAUUAACAUUGUUCCUUAAUGGGUAAAGUUAAAUGUGGUUAUUUUCCAAAUACAUUUGUUUUGUGUCAUAUGACUUGAUUUUUGUCAACUGAUUUUCGAUGACAAAUUAGCAAGUAUUUAGCUAUUUCAAACCUGUUAAUUUAUUAGAUAAUUCCCUGUUUUUUUAUUGCAAUAACGAUCAUUUUAUGGUUUAUGAAAUUCUGCAGUACUGCAGGCAAUCCUGGCCCUCCAUUACCAUUACCUUCUGUUGUUUUUCUGGGCAUCAUAAGCUAUUCUGUUUUAGAGCUUUUUGGUAGCUCAGUUGGUAGAGCAUGGCGCUUUCAACGCCAGGGUUGUGGGUUCGAUUCCCACGGGGGGCCAGUAUGAAAAAUGUAUGCACUCACUAACUGUAAGUCGCUCUGGAUAAGAGCGUCUGCCAAAUGACUAAAAUGUAAAUGUUAUUGAAACCAUUCCGAAUAAUUUGGGGUGGGAAAAAUAUAUACUUAUACGCAUUUUAACUUUAUUGGUUAUCCCACUAAUCAUCUAAUUUGAUAUAUUUUUUUUCAAUUUUGCAGACAACGAAUCGAGGGCGGAGGCAGAAUGAAGACGAGCAUAUAUGUAUCAGUAAGUUGUUUAUUAUUUUGUACACAAGUAAUAUAGGCUACCUGCCCUGUCCUUUCCUGUGCACCGAGCCAACAGAGAGGGCAGUGUUCCCUGAUAAUGGCUAUGCUAGGCCUAGACCUAUGUACACACAUUCCAUUGUACAACAAUGUGUUUAUUAUUAAACAUUGCAUUUCACACAGUUUGGCCUCACCGGGCCUCACCAUGCACACUGUGGUUAAUGUGUUCUAAUAUUCUGAAAGAUAUCUAUUCAAAACAAUCAUUCAGUGAAAGAACAACGAAUCUUUCCUCAUCCUACCAUCAAUGUUGUAGCCUACAGAUAUGUGUUGCAUGCAUAUCGUGUGUUACAGAUAUGCAUAGCCUUUGCGUGUGAAAGAGAACAUGCUGUAAGGUUUUCGUGUGAAAGAAAAGUAAAGGUUAGCCAUUUUUCCCAUGAACAAAUGGAACAUCAAAUUAGUUCGCCUAAGGGCCUCGUUUUUCUGUAGUUCUACAUUAUAACUAGUUAUUGAACUAGGUAAGAGAUCUGAAUGCCAUUUGCGGGGAGAAAUUGUUUAUUUAUUUUCGCCCAUCAAUAAUCCUUGGCAGUGAACUAUUGGAAGCAGUCAAACGCGAGGGGUGAAACGCAGGUCAGGCUGUCUAACGAAUAUUAAAAUGCGUCCACAACACUGGAGCUUGGGUGAGAGGGGAGCUGGGGGCGUGCACGAGGCCUGUGAAGGCGUGGCAGGUGGGAGGGGGUGUGCAAAAAUUAUAAUAAUAUGUGGAGAUUUAACUUAAGAUGAGAACGAAAGUGUUCAUUACAUUUUGAGUAUGUUUUCUUCUUCUCUUGUCUCAUGGUUACCAAGGUAGCUGACGUCUUGUGUAGGCCUACCUACACUUAUUCAAUUAUAUUCUAUUGUAUUCUAUGUAUAACAUUUUAUAAAGUUACGUGAACAUGUUAUUGUUUUGAUUAGUUAAAAACGUACAUUCUAUUGGAUUCUAUUUCAAGACUCUAUAUAUUAAAUAUAUUCACGAUUUCAGUAGCCUAUGUUUGCCCCUUUCGAUUAUUGAAACAGGUCACACUGCAGGAUAUAACAUUUUUCAUCUCCGUCUUCUCAUUAACUUCUAGAGUGGCAGGAAGAGAGGUUACUGAGCGGUCAGUAUGGUAAUGGCGAGGCAGGCGAGCACAAGAAAUCGUUGGGAACAAAAUAAACUUAUUUUUCAUCUGCGCUGUCACGUGGUCGCUCGCUUUGUACCCACCGUGCACGUGUUUUUCCUGAAUAUUCAUAGUUCAGAUGAGUCACCUCAAAGGCAGGGUUUUGAUUGAAUCUGAUGGAGAAAAAGCAUCUUCGGCAGGCAACUCUAUUCGUAUGUGUGUGCGUGUGUGUGUAUGUGUGUGUGUGUGUGUGUGUGUGUGUAUGUAUGUAUGUAUGUAUGUUUGUAUGUAUGUAUGUAUGUAUGUAUGUAUGUAUGUAUGUAUGUAUGUAUGUAUGUAUGUAUGUGUGUGUGUGUGUAUGUGUGUGUGUGAAAGAGAGAGAGAGAGAGCGAGAGAGAGAGAGGUUUUUACCUAACCGAAUUCUGCCAGUUCGAGCUCUUCUUUUCAGGCUGCAAUGGAAAAGACUCAUUAGUUGUCUAUAUGUACCCUGUAGAACCGAAUUUGUGUUAAUAGAUAACAAUCGCAAGUACGUCUCUACAGGAAUACAUGGGCUACUGAAAUCCCACGUAUGUCAAGAUAAUCGUCUGCUUCAACCCUCGCUUCUAUCCAGUAGGUUAUAGCUGCAUGCAGUGUAAGCCGGAAUAAUAGGGCACGAAUAGCAUACAUCUCAGAAGUCUGUGUGCAGCAUACACAGUAUGUUUUCAACCUCCACAUAAGUAGCCUAGGCAUUGUCAGGCGUCCAUAGGCUAAUGUUGUGUACUAUAGGCUAUCUGGAAGCAAAGGGCUACUAGUACUAGUCGGUCGGUACCAGUAAAACAUGUAAGAAACCAGCGAUCGUUUAAAGCGGACUGAUUUAUGCCAUUUUUGUAUGUCAUUUUCACCUGCUCAUAUAGGACUAAAAGAAGACCACUACCUCGACUUUAGAUGCUGAUUAACAGGUGAUUGACCUCGUGUCAUAACCCUUGUUAAUAUAAUUUAUUAUAAUCCAUCCCUAGCAUGUAGUAGGCCCUACAUUUAUAAUAUAUUUAUUUUAUUUUAAUAUUAAAUAUGUAAAUAUUUAAUAUUAUUAUUAACUCCAUUGAUUUAUAAAGGUCACAUUGAUUAUGUAGGUCUACAGUCCUGUGGUUUGUGGUGUCAUGCAUAAUUGAAGGGAUGGAAUUACAGCCACUAACAUAUUUAGCCAACAGUUAAUGGCAGUAUAAUAGUACCUGUAAAGCGGAUAGUCUACCAAUCAUAAUUGACAGCUUUAUCUGCAAUGAUUUACUUUUCUGAACACAACAGUGGAUAUAGUUCGUAAUGGACUUUACUCCCCCAUCUAGGUCUAAUAUCAAAUGAAUAACCUUACACGUGCACUUAGACAACAGCUUGUGUUGAUGGAGUUAAACUUUUGGACAAAACGUCCCUGAGAGUAAUUUCAGGGCACAUAAAGCUGGUUUCAUCACCAUUGCAGCCUUAUAAAGAUUUGUAUUCAAAUUAAUAUGUCUCUAAACAUGAAGAGCGAGAGACAGAGACCUCAAUGCAAUAUCCAAUAAUGACAGUGAUAUAAGCAUUAGAGAUAUCGUAUCAUUAAAGAAUAUAUGCAUUCCCUUGUGUCCAUUGGCACAAGAUAACAAAGUAGGCCUAUUUGACAACUAUGAAUGCAUUUGAAAAGUAUUAAUGCAUUUGAAAAGUAUUUAUGCAUUUUAAAAGUAGUAAUGCAUUUGAAAUGUAUUUGGAAUGCUAUGUUUGUAAAGUCUCUCAGAAUAUUUACAAAGUAGCCUAAUGGCAAAGUAUUGGCACAGUUUUGAAAGUUCUCAAAUGCAAAGCAAAAUACUUAAUGAAAGUACUGUGUGGUUACUAAAAAGUUAAUGUAUUCUUCACUGAUAUGAUGCCCAUCUGGUGUCCACUUUCUUCUCCUAUGAGCCAAGCCCAGCUCUAGUUUAAAAAACUCGUAAUUCGAACUGCUAUGUGAAAGUGAAUUUGAUGCGUGCUUUUUAUCUAUUUAGUGUUUUGCCAACAUUUAGUGUUGGAUUGUUUUAUAUUUGAGAAGGCAGCAUCAGAAUAUUCUUAUAGAGGGUCAUAUACCGAAUUUCUGUGACUUAGGCAGGCCUAAUCUUUCAACUGUUUUACUGGUUAUUACUUUUACUAUUAAUAUGUAUUAUUAUUAUUUACUGCUAGUAUUAUUGUAUGCUAUUUCUACCUGAAAAAAUUUAAUAAUAUAACUAUAAUGACACUGUGUAAUUCACAGAAGAAGUGUUUGUUUUGCAAUAUUUGCUGCAAUAUCAAUGGCUCUGGUAACACAGCAAGGGAGAGAGGGUGAGAGAGAGAUAGAGAGAAAUUGAAAUUGAAUUGAAGGAGAGAGAAAUUGAAUUGAAUUGAGUGAGAGAGAGAGAGAGGAGGGGAGAGAGAGAGAGAGAAAGAGAGCGGGUGAGAGGGUGAGAGGGAGAGAGAGAGAGAGAGAGAGAGAGAGAGAGAGAGAGAGAGAGAGAGAGAGAGAGAGAGAGAGAGAGAGAGAGAGAGAGAGAGAGAGAGAGAGAUUAUGCCCACAAUGGCGACCGAAGGUAUGUUUCAAAACCUUUGGUUCCUUAUCCGGGGACUACCUCUCACUCUGCCAUUGGGCCGUGGGGUCACGUGGUAAAAGUAACUUUACAGGGCUGCUCGCAAGUAGGAGGGCUAUAUGGAGCAGAAAAACGACAAAGCUAG